AUGGAGAAAGUCAUCUGCAGCUGCGUAAACUGCAACGAAUACCUAUGCGAUUUCGUUAAUCAGUGGAUCAAGAUUGGCAAAAGCUAUAUUAGUCCCGUUAUAGACAGCGAACAAAUAUUGUCUGUCGCGCUCUCAGGCGCGGUGCGACUUGGGGAUAAGCAAACACUGGUAGAAAAUUGCCAUCUUCAAGACUUGGCGUGCAACUGCGAUGCAGUCAUUGGACUCAAAUGUUUAGACACACCAGUUAACCACGUUCUCCGCGAUGGACAAUUGUUUCUACGGCUCUCUUCAAUCCGACUCAUAAACUCAAAUACUCGCAAACUUGCUGAAAUAAAGAUUCAGAGAACGCUGAAGCUUAAGGAGGCUUCACAAGGUGGAUCCACAGCUGCUGACACCCCUCCAGCCUCCGAGGGUAGUGCCAAUAUGUUCAUGGAUCAUGACGGUCCCUCAGAAAUCCAAGGUCAUCUCCUUGACCAUCUUCAAUCCCAACUAGAUGCACAGAAGGAAGAAACCCAUAGACUGAAUCGAGCUGGGUUUCAGAUGGCCUCUUCUUUUGAUAAUGCUGUGCUUCGCAUUGAAGGUGAAAUCAAGAAGUUGAGGGAUGACAUGGUUGACUUAAAAGAAGAGCAGAGGGGCAAUUUCAUGAAGAUUGAUAGCAUGGAUGAUGACGUUGCUCGACUGCGAAUCGUCGUCGACGAUGUCAAAAACACGUCUCAGAACAAGUCAGCAUAUACCCGUCUUGACGAAGAACUUGCCUCCGCCAAGAAGGUGAUUUCGGACGUCCGAACAUCUUUAAGUGACGAACUAGAAAAAUCGGCCAAAAAGCAACAACGAAAGCACGAGACAUUAAAUUCAGGCCUCGAUACUGCCCGACUUAAUUUGGGGGCUUUGCGGGAUGACUUAGACGGAACUAAGAAAACAAUGAACAAAACGAUAUUAACAGAAAAUGCCCAUACUAAGGAAAUAGCUUCACUUAAAGCCGAAUUGAGGGAGCUCAAGGAAGAAUUGGCUAAAGAAAGAUCGCAAAAGUCAGCGCCGAAAGAGACCGUGUUUCCAUCACGAGAGAUCGAUAUACUUACGACAAAUGUCACCAAGAUUGGCCAAAGAGCAAACCAGAUUGAAGCUCUCCGGAUGGAGUUUGAAAUACUCAGAGAGCGAGUUCAGAGGAUGGAUAAGGGGCCAACAUCUAAUAAUCAAGAUGCUUCAGAUGUGGGGAACCAAAAUAGGCAUUCCAUUAAUUCACUACCUGAAGCACCCAGCCGGAAAAGGAAACACAGUCCCCGACUAAAGGGAGCUGCUGGCUUACCUAUGUCUCCGACUACUUCGACAAGUAAAAAGUCGACGCGAAAGGUGUGGACCGAUUCCCCAUCAAGUAACCGUGAUUCUUCAUUUUCUUCGCCGUCUACUAGAGCCCAAACAUCAGGUGCCCAGGCACCCAAUUCUCCACGACUCACCAAAUCAGGUGCAGUUGAUAAAAGGACCACGAGGAGGCUCACAAGGCUUGCCGCAUUGCGGAAUGCCGCCUCAAAUGACUGA